AGAGAGAGAAAUAUUUCCACCCACCCAAAAAGGAGACAUGCUCAUAAACAGCCGGCACAGCGAGUGAAAGUCAGAAGGACACCAGAUCUCAGGGAGGCCAGAACCGGUUCUGAGGCAGAGAAGAUGUUUUAUUAAAGCCGAGGAGGAGCCGCACAGAUUUACUGAGAUUAAUAAAAAGACAGACACACAGCCACAGGCAAAAAGUUCAGUACAGACAAAAGGUGCUUGUGAGUCCUUCCACACACACACAUACACACGCACACACACACACACACACACACACAGUCUGAGGUCAGUGUGAGGAGCAGAAUCGAGUCACCUCCACGGGCAGGAAGCAGCAAGCGGGUGGAUGGAUGCCUUCUGCCGACUCAGCGGCCUGGACCCUUUGUGGGACUGGAAUCGGACAUGGUACACAGCCAACCCAGAUCUGACCCAGUGUUUCCAGAACACAGUUCUAGUUUGGGUCCCGUGUGUCUAUCUGUGGCUGCUGGCCCCCUUCUACUGUCUCCAUCUCUACUGCCAUGACCAUGGACGCAUCCAGAUGUCCUGUCUCUGCCUCGCCAAAAUGGUGCUGGGUUUCCUGUUGGCCUCCUUUGGCUUUGUGGAGUUCUUCUACAUCUUGUUGGAAAGGAGCCAGGAGAUCCACCAGCACAUGGUCUUCCUGCUCAGCCCCAUCAUACGCAGCAUGACUGUGAUCCUGGCCCUGUGUAUCAUCCAGCUGGAAAGGAUAAGAGGCUGUCGGUCUUCAGUUUUCCUCUUUUUGUUCUGGGUCCUGGCUGUUGUUUGUUCCCUGGUGCCUCUAAGAGCGAAGAUCCAACUGGCCAUGGACGAGGGCAUAGCGUCUGACAUUGUUCGGUACCUGGCCUUCUUCUCCUACUUCACCAUCCAGCUGGCCCAACUCUUCCUGUGCUGCUUUGCUGAUCAGCCUCCGGAGGGGAAAACUGUCUUUGAAAAGAACCCUUGCCCUGUGAAAGACGCCUCCUUCCUGUCAAAGAUUCUCUUCUCCUGGUUUACUGGUCUUGUGGUGAAAGGAUAUCGCACCCCACUAGCAGCAGAGGAUCUGUGGACGCUGCGAGAGGAGGACACUUCCCACAAGAUCAUCUCUGACCUGCAGCAAGAGUGGACAGCCGAGUGCGCCAAACUCCAAAAGCAGGAGAAGGCCUUGGCUUCUGGAGCGGCAUUGGGGAGCCGACUGCCAGACCAGGCUCAGCUCCUCAGGAAGCUUCAGAAGGAGCAGAGCUCCGGAUUCUUCCUGCUCAGAACACUGGCACGAAAGUUUGGCCCCUACUUCCUGACCGGCACGCUGUGUAUCAUAUUCCACGAUGCCUUCAUGUUCGCCAUCCCUCAGGUGCUGAGUCUGCUGCUGGGCUUCAUCAGGGAUGAAGACGUCCCGCUGUGGAAGGGGUAUUUCUACGCCACGCUGAUGUUCCUGCUGUCCUGCCUGCAGUCACUCUUCAACCAUCAGUACAUGUACACGUGCUUCACUGUGGGCAUGAGGGUGAAGACGGCCGUCAUGGGCCUAGUUUACAGGAAGUCUUUGGUGAUAAACAGUGCAGCCCGGAAGACAUGCACUGUGGGAGAGAUUGUGAAUCUGGUCUCAGCAGACACUCAGAAGCUGAUGGACUUCGUGGUCUACUUCAACGCGGUCUGGUUGGCUCCCAUUGAAAUUGCCCUCUGUCUCUUCUUUCUCUGGCAGCAUCUUGGCCCCUCUGCUUUAGCGGGAAUUGCCACUGUCAUUCUCAUCUUCCCGCUCAACGGAUUCAUAGCAAAGAAAAGGAGCAAACUGCAGGAGGUUCAAAUGAAGUUCAUGGAUGGUCGCAUCAAACUGAUGAACGAGAUCCUGAAUGGGAUAAAGAUCUUGAAGUUUUAUGCCUGGGAGAAGGCCUUCCUCGAGCAGGUUUUGGGCUACAGAGAAAAGGAACUGAAGGCCCUGAAGAAGUCACAGAUCCUUUAUUCCAUCUCCAUUGCAUCCUUCAACUCCUCGUCUUUCCUGAUUGCCUUUGCCAUGUUUGGAGUCUACGUCAUGCUUAAUGAGAAGAACGUCCUGGAUGCCCAGAAGGUUUUUGUCUCUAUGGCACUGAUCAACAUCCUGAAGACCCCCCUGAGUCAGCUUCCAUUUGCAAUAAGCACGAGUAUGCAGGCUGUGGUUUCACUGAGACGUCUGGGAAAGUACCUGUGCUCUGAGGAACUGAAGGUGGACAAUGUCUCAAAGGCACCACUGAAUGCUGAUGGGGAAGAUGUGGAGAUAGAAAAUGGCACCUUCAGCUGGUCUUCAGAGGGCCCGCCGUGUCUUAAAAGGAUCAAUGUUCGGGUGCAACGGGGUUCCCUCGUCGCUGUGGUAGGACACGUGGGGAGUGGGAAGUCAUCUUUGCUGUCCGCCAUGCUCGGGGAAACAGAGAAGAGGAGCGGCAGUGUGACUGUGAAGGGUUCUGUGGCAUAUGUACCUCAGCAGGCCUGGAUUCAGAACGCUACAGUCCAAGACAACAUCAUAUUUGGACGUGAAAACCUGAAGACGUGGUACCACCGUGUGCUGGAGUCCUGUGCUCUGCUACCAGACCUGGACAUCUUACCUGCUGGGGAUGCAACAGAAAUUGGAGAGAAGGGACUGAACCUGUCUGGUGGGCAGAAGCAGAGGGUGAGCCUGGCUCGGGCUGUCUACAGAAAAGCUGACGUGUACUUACUCGAUGAUCCGCUGUCGGCUGUCGAUGCUCACGUGGGUCAGCAUAUCUUUGACAAAGUCAUCGGUCCAAAAGGAGUCCUAAGAGACAAGACCCGUAUCCUGGUGACGCAUGGGAUGAGCUUCCUGCCACAAGCUGAACUCAUCCUCGUCCUGGUGGAUGGAGAAAUCACAGAAAGCGGCUCCUACCAGGAGCUCCUUAGCCGCCACGGGGCUUUUGCAGAUUUCAUCCACACGUUUGCCAGCACAGAACGCAAAGAAAGCGCCAUACAGAGAGCUGGUUCCAGGAGGUCCAAUGCUCGACUCAGCAUGGUUGACUUCAUGCCAUGUUCCAGAGACCUGUCCCAGGAGCAGCUCAUUGGAGCUGACAGCACCAACACCAACCUGCAGAGUAUGGAGCCCGUGUCUGAAAUGAACCAAGAACAGGUACCUGCGGACUUGGGCAAGCUAACGCAGGCUGACAAGGCUUGCACUGGAAGGGUGAGGUUGGACAUGUACAAGAAGUACUUUAAGACGAUCGGCUUGGCCCUCAUCAUCCCUAUAGUCUUCCUGUAUGCCUUCCAGCAAGGUGCCUCACUGGCAUACAACUACUGGCUCAGCAUGUGGGCUGAUGACCCCAUUAUUAAUGGGACCCAGAUUGAUACGGACCUCAAACUAAGUGUCUUUGGUGCCCUGGGUUUUGCACAAGGUAUCGCUAUCUUUGGUACGACUGUAGCCAUCUCGAUUUGUGGCAUCAUAGCCUCUCGCCACCUGCAUAUGGACCUGCUGAACAAUGUGCUGCAUUCUCCGAUGUCAUUCUUCGAGAGCACGCCCAGUGGCAACCUACUCAACCGCUUUGCCAAAGAGAUUGACGCCAUUGAUUGCAUGGUGCCUGACGGCUUGAAGAUGAUGCUGAGUUACGUCUUUAAACUCAUGGAGGUCUGCAUCAUCGUGCUGAUGGCCACACCUUUUGCAGCCGUGAUCAUCCUCCCUCUGGCUUUUCUCUACGCGUUUGUCCAGAGCUUUUAUGUCGCCACAUCCUGUCAGCUGCGGAGGCUGGAAGCUGUAAGCCGCUCGCCCAUCUACACUCACUUCAAUGAGACCGUGCAGGGCGCCAGCGUCAUCCGGGCCUUUGGCGAGCAGUCCAGGUUCAUUCUGCAGGCCAAUGAGAGGGUAGAUUUCAACCAGACCUCCUACUUCCCCAGAUUUGUGGCCACCCGGUGGCUGGCGGUCAAUCUGGAGUUUGUGGGCAACGGCGUCGUCUUAGCUGCAGCCAUUCUCUCUGUAAUGGGAAAAAACACACUGAGUCCAGGCAUCGUGGGUUUGGCUGUGUCACACUCACUCCAGGUGACUGCGAUCUUGAGCUGGAUCGUGAGAUCGUGGACGGACGUAGAAAACAACAUUGUUUCCGUGGAGAGGGUCAAUGAGUACGUGGACACGCCCAAAGAGGCCAGCUGGACCGUGGAGGGCAGCUCGCUGCCUCUGGCCUGGCCCCAGAGAGGCACCAUCGAGUUCCAGGACUACGGACUGCAGUACCGCAAAGGUCUGGAACUGGCUCUGAAAGGCAUUACCUUACGUAUUCAUGAAAAGGAGAAGGUUGGAAUUGUGGGUCGGACCGGAGCUGGGAAGUCCACGCUCGCCCUUGGGAUCUUCAGGGUUUUAGAAGCAGCAAAGGGAAAGAUCCUCAUAGAUGGAGUCAACAUUGCUGACAUUGGGCUCCAUGACCUCCGGUCACGGGUUACCAUCAUUCCUCAGGACCCUGUGCUCUUCUCAGGCUCCCUCCGGAUGAACCUUGACCCCUUUGAUACAUACACAGAUGAGGAGGUGUGGAGUUCUUUGGAGCUUGCGCAUCUCAAGAACUUUGUCUCCAAUCUGCCAGACAAGCUCAACCAUGAAUGUUCAGAGGGCGGAGAAAACCUCAGUCUGGGGCAGCGCCAGCUUGUGUGCCUGGCCAGAGCCUUACUAAGGAAAACCAAGAUCCUGGUUCUGGAUGAGGCUACAGCUGCUGUGGACUUGGAGACAGACACACUCAUCCAGUCAACAAUCCGCACACAGUUUGAGGACUGCACAGUCCUGACUAUCGCUCACCGUCUCAACACCAUCCUGGACUACACCAGGGUGAUUGUUAUGGACCGAGGUCACAUCUCAGAAAUGGACUCUCCAGCCAACCUCAUCGCUCAGAGAGGACAGUUCUACCGAAUGUGCCGGGAAUCCGGGCUGGUCUAGCCCGGCCCCUGGAACCCCGGUGUAAAGACAAGGCACCUUAAUGGAGCGAGACUCUUCCGAACAAAUCAGCCAUUCCAGAGCUUUUGCGUGGCAGCUUCAAACUCCUCUCCAUCAGGGCAUUUCCUCCUUACAACCCAUGUGCAGGUUUUAAACACAGAAAAAGACAUUUUGCAUUAAAAUAAUAAAUGAAAUAAAGAAGCUACAGGGGAUUUUUGAGAGUCUGCAAGAAAUAACGAAGUGGAGCCAGUUUGUUCCAUGAAGGGUUGAAGCUGAGGUCUGGACUGAAAGAGGAGCACAAACUUGAGUGAUCAUCUUGUUGAAUGGCAGCAAAAGUAUUUUUGUAGUUUUAAGAGUUAAUAAAGCACAUGAUGUUUGUUUGUUCGAUGUUUUCUCAGGCUUAAAUGUUGAUGUUUACUUUGGAUACAAAAAAUAGUCAUUUUUAUGAAUUGGUUGAACAUUGUCUUGGUUUUUUCCUGAAACUGGAAGAGAAAAUAUUCUGACACACUAACCUUGGAGCUGCCCGUCCACGCCGGCAGCGUUGAGGUUUUCACAGCCAUCAGAAUCUGAGCCUGCGGGAGCCGAUUUGGACUUUUUAUAUGUCAGGGGGAAAAAAGAAAGAGGAAAACAUUGACAUGAGCCAAGACAUUGUUUAUUUCUGUCAGCGUAAACACACCAGAAGCAUCCCUUCAGACCUUUGUGGUCGUUUUUAACCUGACGCCUGUCGUGCAAACCACCAUGAAUGAGGAGAAUGUGUCUUGAAAACAGUGGUGAUAAAUCUGAGUGAGACUUUGUCACCACACGUCUCAGGCCGUGCACACAAAAAACACCCAGAGAGCUCCGGAUUGUUGUUUUGGUGCUGACAUGACGGGCUGUAAAUAACGUCCAUGUGGAACUUUGCUCUCAGUUCAAAGAACUCCAUGAACUUUUCAAAGAGAAGAAGCAUUUCCUAUUUUUGUCUUACUGGUUUAGACAAUAUAUAUUCUAUGAGAAGGCUGAGAAUUUAUUUAUGUCCUAUGAGAAAAUGUAUUAAGUGUCCUUAAACCUCUGAGGAUUGUAUUUAUACUUUUUAUAAUAAGCUUGUUCAUUUUCACUGACUUUACUGUUGAUGUCUGUUCUGUACAUCAUGCUGGACAAUAAAAACUGAUUUAAAUUGAU